UAAACAUAUCGAACUUCCCAUUCUCGGAGUUAAGUCCGAUGGUGUUACUCGUGAAAGUUGAGCCUGGAUGACCAGCUCCCCGAUGAACUUUCUGCUUCUUUAGUUCAGGUAACCGCGUUAGUGAAGCCCACUUGUCACCUGGCAUAUUGAUUUGUCGGCGACGUGUAGCAUUUCGACUGUAAUGGCGGCGUUACGACCAUGGACUGUCCUGACGGGAGUAUUUAUCUUCUAUCUACUGGGAAAUCUUUACUGUGAAGGCCAAAAAGAGGUCAAAGUCAGACGAGGAGAAAAUGCCACUCUGGAGUGUUACGGCCGCAGUGAUGCUACUGAAAUAAUGUUAAGGUGGACCAAACCUGACCUGCAGACAGAUGAUUAUGUCAUUUACUUAAAAGAUGGUCAUUUUCAGGAACACUUCCAGAAUGACUUGUUUAAAGGUCGGGUGGAGAUGAAGGAUUCAAAAUGGAUGACGAAUGGAAACUUCUCAGUGAUUCUCCAGAAUGUCACCAUGAACGAUUCUGGAACAUAUGAAUGUGAAGCAGCAUACAACAGUCAGCCAGUUCAGCUUUUGAACAGAACCAGCCUGAAUGUAGAAGAACCAGAUAACACAGGAGAACGCAGAGAGGAUAAAGGGAAGAAGAGUGGAUCUGUUGGACCUGCAGUUGGUCUGUCAGUUCCUGCUGUGCUUCUUGUUGUUGCUGUUGUUAGUUUUGUGAUCUACAGAAAAUAUGGGAAUUCAAAUUAUCAGUCUCCUUCUGAACAAGGACAGCAGAUGGAAAGGUCUUCAUAGCUCACCUGUGAGUCCUGCUGUUCCAGGUUUUUAUCAUUGAGUGUAACACUCAGAGUGACAGUUGGACAGGUACAGGUAACAAUGCAAAAGUAAACUGGGUAUAAAGGAAUUAGAGGAUGGGGGAUGGGAGAGGGGGGAGAGAACAGUAGUAGUUGGGCGAUGUGUAAAAAUUUUCCAACCGGCAAUCGUAAGUCAAAUAAUCGACGAUGAAUGAUACAUUCACGCAUGCGCAGACUUUUUGAUGGGCGUGGCCCACCAUAUCCCAGAAUUCAUAGCACGGCCCAGUUUUCAACAAUGGUGGCA